CCAAACAAAUCCCCAAACCGCUACGUCGACGUUUUAUCAUAUUCCUUACCUCCUACUCUAUUAUCCCUUUCGGAGUUGCGUCUUCUAGUUUCCCGGAAAACAAUUUCCCGAGGAAAUCACCAAAUUCUUUGUUUUCUUCUUCUCUUCGUCACUCUGGUUUCGAUUAUACAUGGAAAUGGAUUCCCUACCCAAUGGUAACAGCGCCGCCCCAAAUCCAAAUUCAGCACCUAAUCCCACUGCUUCAGCCCCUCCGUCCCCGAAGCCGAACCAAUUGGCCGAUUCCGUGAAGUUGGAGCACCAGUUUCUUAGAGUCCCAUUCGAGCACUACAAGAAAACGAUCCGGACCAACCACCGUGUCUUCGAGAAAGAGGUAUCCGCCGUCAUCUCAGGCGUCGCUGAAGCUGCUGACCGAAACGAUAUGUCGCGCGACGAGGCUGUCAGUCAUCUGAGCUCGCUCGUCUCAAGAUUGCAAGGGCUUAAACGGAAGUUGGAAGAGGGGAAUCGAGUGGAACACUUGCAGGCACAAAGGUGCCGAGCUCGACUCGAUCAUUUAGAGUUGGCGGAUGCUGAGAAUUUGUUUGAAUGGAACGACAUGAAGGUGAAGCGCAUCCUUGUGGACUACAUGUUGCGUAUGUCAUACUAUGACACUGCAAUGAAGUUGGCAGAAAGCAGCAAUAUGCAGGAUCUUGUUGAUAUUGAAGUAUUCCAAGAAGCAAAGAAGGUUAUUGAGGCUCUUCAAAAUAAGGAGGUAGCUCCUGCACUAGUAUGGUGCGCAGAGAACAAGUCAAGGUUGAAGAAAUCCAAGCAGAGCAAAUUCGAAUUUCAGUUGAGACUUCAAGAGUUUAUAGAGUUGGUACGAGCUGAAAAUAACCUUCGAGCUAUUACAUAUGCUCGGAAGUACCUUGCACCAUGGGGAUCUUCCCAUAUGAAAGAAUUGCAGCGGGUAUUUGUCACACUAGCAUAUAAGAGUACUACUGAAUGUGCUACAUACAAGGUGACCUCUCUGUUUGGUCUAAAAUAUGUUUUAUUUGAACCAAAGCAAUGGGAUUACCUUGUGGACCAAUUUAAACAGGAGUUCUGUAAAUUAUAUGGCAUGACGCUUGAGCCUUUGCUAAACAUAUAUCUGCAAGCAGGCUUGUCUGCGCUGAAAACCCCAUACUGUUACGAAGACGAUUGCACCAAGGAGGAUCCCUUGUCACAGGAGAAUUUUCGAAAACUAGCUCAUUCAUUACCAUACUCAAAGCAACAUCACUCGAAGCUUGUAUGCUACAUAACUAAAGAACUAAUGGACACAGAGAACCCACCACAAGUCUUGCCUAAUGGCUACGUCUACAGUACUAAGGCUCUUGAAGACAUGGCUAAGAAGAAUAAUGGCAAAAUUACUUGUCCCAGAACUGGGUACAUCUGCAACUUCAAAGAUCUGGUAAAGGCAUACAUAUCAUGAUCCAAUAUCUGACCUGUUCAGUAGUACCCCUUUCCACUUGGCAUUAAUAGCAAUUGGAGUUUUAUGUGCUUUGUGGAUAAAUCCUUUUGUUGUUGGAAAUUAUGGAAACCCCCAAUCUAAGGAGUUUCCCUGAACAAAUAGUCUUGUCAUGCCUUGGUGAUAUUGUCUUGAAAACUUCUUGUAUAUAUUCUGACGAUUAUUGUUCAAGUAUAACCGUUUGUCUAUGUAUCAUCAAUUGUACUUUUGUGCAUAGUUUGCAACUUACAGAAAUAAAUUGAUGUCAUUAUAUAUUUUCACUAAA